AUGGCUGCUGGACAUUUAGCUAAAUACAUACGUCACGCACCGGUUUCUGCUCCACAUGUUGCUCCACAUGUCUACUGGGGUGCGAAGCUAAUGGGUGCUACUAUGUGGUUUUGGAUUUUUUACAGGAUCAAGGAAGAUGGACCUGUCAUGUUUGGAGUUAAGUUGCCAUUUGAACAUCAUUGA